GAGAGAGGAGGCGGAGUGAAGACCGAGUGCACUCAAGUCACAGACAGACGUCAACCGCAGUCUAAAUAACACCUGUCAUUGUUUAAAAAACACUCUUACAACCUACAGAUUAAUGGUGGUAAGAUUCAUUAAACCAACUAUAAUCUAUAACUGCGGAAUAGUGCGAAUUUGCGGGAAAUUUACCGACAAUGAACGACUUAUAAUGGACAUCUUAUACCUGGAGUGAAGAAAGUUUCGGCUGCGUACAAAAGCGAUUGUUUUAGUUGCUGCUUGAGCAUCUAAUAAUGAUGGAUCAUGAUACUCAGUGGCUGUACCAGCUCCUGGCUGACGUGCAGCUGGAGAGAUUCUACCUACGGAUGAGAGAUGGACUCAACGUGACCCGCAUGGAACACUUAAGCUAUGUUAAAGAAGCAGAUCUUGAGCAGAUUGGCAUUAGCAAACCAGGACAGCGACGGUUAUGGGAAGCUGUGAAGCGAUACAAAACCAACAUGCGAGCACGGUCCUGGAUGGUGAAGGCCACUAAUGGUCGCGCUCCUGAGGGAAAUGAUCAGUCUAAUGCUGCUGGCUCAGGCCAGGGGCCAGUCCGCGCACUCACCUGUCUGAUCCAGGACAGGGAACUCCUCUUUGGAGACAGACUAGGCUCUGGUUCCUUCGGGGUGGUUAGGAAAGCAGAAUGGCAUACACCGACUGGAAGAGUGUUGCCGGUAGCAGUGAAAACCCUGAGGAGUGGACAGGUGGACUUGGUGAGCGAUUUCCUACAGGAAGUGACGUCAAUGCAGUCUCUGGAUCACCCCAACAUUAUACACCUCUACGGUGUUGUACUUACUCAUCCCCUUAAAAUGGUAACGGAGUUGGCUCCUCUCGGAUCUUUAUACGACACUCUGCGUCUGCGCCAUGGAGAAUAUCCUCUUUCUCGACUCUGGCUCUUCAGCACACAGAUCGCUGCAGGUAUGGAGUACCUGGAAUCCAGACGAUUCAUCCACAGAGACCUCGCUGCCCGAAACGUGCUCCUGGCUGCUAGAGAGCAAGUGAAGAUUGGAGACUUUGGACUGAUGAGAGGUCUGGAUGACAGGGACCACUAUAUCAUGACAGCACACAGACGGAUCCCUUUUGCAUGGUGUGCUCCUGAGAGUUUGCGUACGGGAUCUUUCUCUCAUGCUUCAGACGUCUGGAUGUUUGGUGUCACGUUGUGGGAAAUGUUCACUUACUGUGAGGAACCCUGGUUGGGGCUUUCUGGCAGACAGAUUUUGUAUCGUGUCGAGCGGGAAGGUGAGCGUUUGGAAAGGCCUCCUGAUUGCCCGCAGGAGUUGUAUGCUGUGAUGCGCAAAUGUUGGGCCUGCAAUUCUACUGAACGACCGACCUUCGCACAGCUCACCACCAUGGUAUCAGAGGCACAGCCUAUGGAGGUUCGUUCGGUGAAAGACAUUGCAGAGCCCAGGAGACUCUCUCUACAGGCAAAUGAUCUAGUGACUGUAAUAGACCAUGGGUUGGAUAUGUGCGAGUGGAAGGGACAGAACCAGAGGACUCUGAGUGUUGGCUGGUUUCCCCCUGCGUUAACAGCCCCGGCUCUCACAGCAGUAGUUCCUGCGUCUGGUCCCACACUGAUCUCCUCUCCUGUUAGAGGGUCUCUACACCACACGGGACAUGGAGACACUGACCCAGGACGCAGCUGGGGCACCCCUGAACGCAUAGAUGACAACAGACGUUGGAGGGUCCCAUUAGCAAAAGAGAAGGAAGGCUCCAAUUUGAAGAAAAUGGCAGGCAUGUCUAGGAGUCUGGAGUCUGUCCUCGGGGGUCCACAGGAUAAAGGUCGAGGUUUUGGAGUGAAUGCCGCUCAGAGAUCCGACCAGCGCAGGAACAUGCAGAAUAAUAACGUAAUCCAGGAUCCUCGCAGGUUUAGUGACGCUGUGGUCAUCCCUCCUCCACGUCCUCCACCGCCAAACAUCAAGAGCAUCAAACCCCAGAUGAUGAUGAUGUUCCUGGAUCGGAGAGCUGCAAACCCCUCCGGCUGGAGCCCUCAGACUCAGGCACAGCCUCAGUUCCAGCCACAGCAGCAGGGUUUGGGGACGAGUAACCUUACUAGGAUGACCCAUCUAGCCAAGUCCAGCCCUCAGUUGGACGACGUCAUUGAGAAGGACAAGGAGAGAGAGAAGGAGCAAGAGAGAGAAAGAGAGCGGGAGAAGGGAAAGGAGAGAUACCCGCCGCUAGUGGACAAGGAGGCCGUUAUAGCACAAGUGCAGGCUGCGGUGCAUGGAGUGACCAAUGAGGAGGUUCAGAAAGCUCUGCAUCGCUGUGAUUGGAAUCCUACAAAAGCAGAACAGCAACUUAAGACAGACCAGCUGUAUUACAUGAAUCAGUGCACUCGUGAGGAAUGUCAGAAAGUCCUCUCACGCUACAACUGGGACCUGCAAAUAGCAAGCCGCUACGUCAUCCGAAUGGCCAAAGAAAGAGACAGAGUCCUGGAUAGACGAGGAGAAAGAGUUUAAAGCCUUGUGCAAAAUUAUGGAGGAUUUAGUGUUUUUGUCAAAUCACUGAUCAAGAGGACAAUUAUCAAGAGGUCACCCCCAAAAAAAGGUUUUUCAUUCACAUCCACUGUGAAACUAUCAAUGUGACUCUGUAUUAUGUGCUUUGAUGAAUACAUUUGUGGUAUCAGUUGUUGUUUUAAAUCUGUUUGGAAAGACAUCAUAAUCAUUCGUAUUAAAUACAGAAUGUUUUUAGCGUCAUUCCAGGUGCCAUCGUGACUGUUUAUUGUUAGUUUACAAUUUUUUUUAGGUUUGUUAAAUUUUUAAUGUGUGUAAAAUUAGUGAAAUGUAUAUGAUGAUGAAUUUGUAAAUAUAUGUGGCGUAUUAGAAACAUGUUCAAUAAAAUAAAACAUGACUUUUUAUAUUGUA